CUUGGUGAACAAUGGCUACAGUCAAUGCUAGCACAACAGCUAGCUCACUGAUGGAGCAAGCUGUCAAACCCGUGUGAAUGCAGUUAACGCUAAUUAAGACGUUGAAUGUUAAUGAUUCAGACGUUCUUUAGCCUCAGCAAAGCACUUUUAUUAGCAUGUUUACAGACGAAGCUCUGGACUCAGUGAGUAUUAAGUCUCUGUGGAGGAACUCUCAGCAGUCGGCGCAGGACUCGAGAGGCUGCCAGACCAAAGCUGUGCACAGUGCUGAGGCAGAGGUCCAGACUGUGUCGACUACCAUCAGCAGCACGCAGACGGACCCACUGUACCAGGCGACAGAGCAGCUCUUCCAACAAAACCAUGAGGAGCCGGAGCCACCAGGCCUGAAGGACUUCCUGCAGAGGGUUGAGGACGUGGUCGUCAGGGAGCUGGUCAGAAAUACCAGGAGUCACGCCUUCGAUGGGUUCCAGGUGAACUGGGAAGACCACAGUAAUCUGGUUUCAUGCCUCCAUUGCCUUCAACAUCCCAGCGCUGUAGAAAGGGGUCUUCAUGUAACCAGUGUGUCCUGGAGUUGUACAGGUUCAGUUAUUGCCUGUGCCUACGGUCGGAUUGACGAUGGAGACUGGAGCACCGAGAGGUCUUGCGUCUGUACGUGGAACCUGGACCGCCGAGGCCUGAACCCCAAACAAGCUGAUCUGGUCGUAGAUGUUCCCACUGCAGUCACUGCCCUGUGCUGCCACCCCCAGCAGCCCGCCCUCAUCGCAGGCCCGAGGCAGCAACACUGUGGGUGUCACCUCCUUGGCUCUGUCUCCCUGGGACCCCGACACCUUCCUGGUGGGCUCUGAGGGCGGCCUGCUGCUCAGAUGCUCCUUCUCCUCCAAGAAGCCGGCUGCAGCGCCCUCAGAAGGCCAGAGUGUGACACCAAGGGCCCCAGCUGUCUUCUCGUUCAGACCCCGCAGUGGCCCCGUCCACUCCAUACACUGCUCCCCUUUCCACAGGAACCUGUUUGUGAGCGCAGGGACAGACGGGCUGGCCCACCUCCACUCUCUGCUGCAGGCCGACCCGCUGCUCUCACUCAGGGUCUCAGACUCGUACGUGUUUCAAGUGGAGUGGUCUCCAACCAGACCGCUGGUCUUUGCUGCAGCCACCGGACAAGGUGAGGUGCACAUAUUGGACCUGGGCCGCAGGUCUCUGAGGCCGGCAGCCACCAUCGAGCAGGGUGCUGCAGGCCAAGCUGCGACUUGUUUGGCCUUCAACCGUCAGAACGCCCACCUCCUGGCGGUGGGGAAAACAGACGGGACAGUCAGCGUUUGGCAGCUGAGUGCAGAUUUGACGGAGCAGAGCCCCAGAGAGAGCAGCCAGCUGGAGCAGAUAGCCAAUCAGGUGGCAGAAUGAGACAUUAGCCUGGGAAAAGAAGACUGCUCACUGACUGAUUUAUGUGAACUGUUUU